UUUUGUAGCGAAGCGGAUUAAUGCGUAUCCAUGUUUCGUCGAAUAUUUUAAUAUUAUCAUAAAAAAUUAUCUAAAAUGUUUAUUUUAAUUCUGUUGUUCAUCUUAUCUUGUGCAUACUACGUAUAUUUUCGUCAAAAUAGAAAACCACUGUACAAGUUUUCCCAAAGUUUACCGAACACCGGAUAUUUACCGAUUCUUGGACACACCCAUUGGUUUUUAGGAGGACCUGAAAGAGUUUUAAAUAACAUACAGCAUCUAGCAAACCUCGUAGAAGAUUCAGGUGGCAUAAGCAAAGUUUGGAUUGGCCCAUCUUUAUACAUAGUGUCGUUAAAUCCCGAAGAUGUUCAGAAAAUUCUGGAGAAUUGUUUACAAAAGGAUUCGUCGUACAGAUUCCUCCAAAAUUGGUUAGGGAACGGACUCUUUGUUGCGCCAGUGGAUCUAUGGAAGGCGCAUCGUAAAGUGCUCUUGCCCGUAUUCCACAAUCGAAUAAUUGAUGACUACAUCGAUGUUUUUGGGGAACAGGGAGACGUUUUGGUGGAACGCCUGAGAGAUCGUUUGGACAAACCGAAAUUCGACGUGUUCAAAUAUAUCACCUCGUGUAUGUUGGAUAUUGUGUUUGAAACAGCUAUGGGAGAGAAAAUGGAUGUGCAGCAUAACCCAGAUACGCCAUACUUGCGUGCCCGCAACACUGUCAUAUCUAUAAUUGGGAUGCGACUUUUCAAAGCUUGGAUGCAGCCAGACGUACUCUUCAACCUGACACCCUAUUCGAAAUUACAGAAAGAAAAUAUUGAUCUAACGCAUAAGUUUACUGAUGAGGUAGUAAGGAAAAAGAGAAUUUUAUUUGAAGAGAACUGCUAUGAACAAAAACUAGGCCGUCGAGAUCUUUUGGAGCUAUUACUGGACAGAGAAACAAAGUUCACAGAUGAAGAGUUACGGGAUCAUAUAGACUCUAUCACGAUAGCGGGCAACGAUACGACAGCUUUAGUAAUAUCUUACGCUCUUUUAUUGCUCGGGUGCCAUCCUGAGGAACAAGAGAAAGUUUAUUUAGAAUUAAAGGGCAUUUUCAAAGAGUCUUCCAGAUGUCCAACUAAGGAGGAUCUAAAUAAGAUGGAAUAUUUGGAAAGAGUAAUUAAGGAGACCAUGAGAUUUUACACAGUUGUCCCUAUCAUUGGCAGACAGACGCAGAAGGAACUAAAGCUCUCUACGUGCACAGUUCCAGCCGGCGUGGGCUGUGCUGUGCUACCAUUCGCAAUGCACAGAUCAAAACGCAUCUGGGGACCUGAUGCCGAUACUUUCAAUCCCGAUAGAUUUUUACCUGAAGCUAGUGCGAAAAGACAUCCGUGCUCAUAUAUACCAUUUAGUUAUGGAGCCAGAAAUUGUAUAGGACGUCACUUUGGAAUGGUAGCAAUGAAGAGUAUCCUUGCAAAUGUUUUGCGAAGUUAUAAAAUUACAUCCAGCACUUGCAGCCGUCUGAAAAUUGAAAUACUCCUAUUUCCAGUUUUAGGACACAUGAUUACUAUUGAAAAACGACAUUAACAAAUAAUUAUUCCAUAGUCACGUCUUUUAAAAGGGCAUAAAAAAAUUUCGUCAUCUGUGGUAAACAGACCGUGGCUUACUUGGAAAAGCACUUGCUGACGAUUGCUGCCAAGCGGGUUGCGGGUUCAAAUCACGCAAAGUUCGAAAUUAUAUAUGCAUUUAAAAAAGGAAAAAAAUAU